UAUCUCAGGACUGCAUUUAAAUACAACAAACCAGUCAGUCACCACCCACAUGGUUGAUAUUAAUGAGGACCGAGGUCAUGUGACACACACACAGGGCUCGGCUGCUUUCAUUGGGCGUCAGCUGAUAGAAUCACAAUAGAGCCGCUCAGCAUGGUUGUUACCCGUUUGUCACGUUACACCACUUCCUGUGUGCCGGGACAAAGUUUACUGCAGCGCAUGCUGAUUGGUGGAUGACCUCAUCGUAGAGUCUUUUACUGACUGACAGGCCAGCCGACCAAUCAGAGGCACCGCAUCCUCUGCCACAAACCAAACAGGUGUGUUCGCUGCUGAAGCUCCUCCCACUCUGAUGUGGUGUGAGUAAGUUCAAAAUCUGAACACAGCUGGGAGAGCGCCUUUAUCCCGUCCUCCUGUUCACAGACGCACACACAGCGUAGAUACAGAGGACAGGUUCACACACACAGACACACACCUGGCUGUUGAAGCCAUGUCGCAAACACUCACUCAGAAUCCUCUGGAGAAGACCUGGGGUCCAUGGAUGCAGAGCAGGCUGAACAGACGGCGAGGCUCCUCGGUGCCCCAGUUCACCAACUCCCCGACCAUGAUCGUGAUGGUGGGCCUCCCAGCACGAGGGAAAACCUACAUCUCCACGAAGCUCACCAGGUAUCUGAACUGGAUCGGCGUCAAAACCAAAGGUAUCGGCUGCCAGCGCGAGGCUAAACUGACACAGCAGUCCCGCCUGCUGACGGUGUCAUACAUCGUUAAUGUGUCGGUUUCUGUGUCUGCACGCAGGGCCUGUGCCGUCGCCGCCCUCCAAGACGUGUGCGAGUACAUCAGCAGGGAGCAGGGUCAGGUGGUGGUUUUUGAUGCCACGAACACCACGCAGGACCGCAGGGAGGUCAUCCUGAACUUUGCUAAAGAAAACGGCUACAAGGUUUUCUUUGUGGAGUCGAUAUGUGAUGACCCCGACAUCAUCGCUGAGAAUAUUAAACAAGUGAAGCUGAGCAGCCCCGACUACGCCGGCUGUGACAAAGAGGAGGCCGUGGCCGACUUCCUGAAGAGGAUCGACUGUUAUACGAUGACCUACGUCCCCCUCGAUGACACCAAGGACAGGAACUUGUCUUACAUUAAAAUCUUCAACGUGGGCAGCAGAUACCUGGUGAACCGGGUCCAGGACCACAUUCAGAGCCGGAUCGUCUACUACCUCAUGAACAUCCACGUCACCCCGAGGUCCAUCUACCUGUGUCGCCACGGUGAGAGUGAGCUGAACCUCGUGGGUCGCAUCGGAGGCGACUCUGGGCUUUCCUCUCGCGGGGCAAAGUUUGCCAGCACUCUGGGCACCUACAUGCGUGGGCAGUGCAUCAACGACCUGAAGGUGUGGACGAGCCACAUGAAGAGGACCAUCCAGACCGCGGAGGCUCUGGGAGUCCAGUACGAACAAUGGAAAGCUCUCAACGAGAUCGACGCCGGGGUUUGUGAGGAGAUGACGUACGAGGAGAUUCAGGAGCAUUUCCCCGAGGAGUUCGCGCUGAGGGACCAAGACAAGUAUCGCUACCGCUACCCUAAAGGAGAGUCGUACGAGGACCUCGUUCAGCGUCUGGAACCGGUCAUCAUGGAGCUGGAGAGGCAGGAGAACGUUCUAGUCAUCUGUCACCAGGCAGUCAUGAGGUGUCUGCUGGCCUACUUCCUGGACAAGAGUGCUAACGAGCUGCCGUACCUGAAGUGUCCUCUGCACACGGUUCUGAAACUCACUCCAGUCGCUUACGGCUGCAAAGUGGAAUCCGUCUUCCUGAACAUCGAGGCCGUCAACACACACAGAGACAAGCCGGUGAACGUCGACGUGGACCGAGACCCGGCCGAGGCCCUGGAGACGGUGCCUGAGCACAUCUAGAGGAGGCCGGCAGGGAGCUCGUUUUUAUUCACUGGUGGAAAGUGGCCUUUUAUUGUUUUUUAAUUCAAGUAAUCUUAGAGAUCAUCGCUGUUGUGACUGUUGCUGUUGUGACUGUUGCUGUUGUGACAGUUUGAAGCUUCACAACACUGAAAAUGAGACGUUUCUCUGUGGUAGCCUUUCCGUUGUCGAUGCACUUUAUAACGCAGGGCCGAGGCCGGAUGAAGAGGAGGUCUUUUCUACUGUGAGGAAAACAAAGUAGUGCUGAACGUGUGCCGGGGGUCUGCGUUACCGUUUCCCCUCCUCGACUCUUCCUCACCUGUACCUGUGCUGUAACCAGUGUCAGUCUGAACCGUCAUUGUAGGAAGUUAACUGUCCACGCUGACACACACGUGGUGCUGGUUGGCGAGUAGAGCGUCGUUGCAGAAGCGAAGCUGAAAGAUCCUUAAAGGACAGGUUGAUAUGAUUUUUAGAGUUGCUGAAAAAGUUUUUAUUCCUGGCAGUAAAACCGUCAUGUGUGCUCUGGUGGUAAAUGUACCAACAUUUCUAUUCUCAUCUAACCGACUUCUUAAAGCCACAUUCACCCAUUAAAGCCGGACUUCCACCAUCACGCCCGUGGGCCUUCUUCCAGAAAUAAAACUCUGAGUCGUGUGCUUGGCGCCUCGAUGCUGAUAAAACACCCAGAACACGCGCUCGAAAACAUCAAGAAAACACUUGAUGAUCAUCACGAAAAGUUAAAACAAAGUCGAGACAGAAAGCAGUUUAAACGCAUGUAAAGCUGGAACCCAGCUAUCGCCACCUGGUGGCCUUCAGACAGAAUGCAGGUGGAUGCAUCCAUGUUUUUACCGUGUCUGCGCCUCAGACUGUUUUUUCUGAUUACCCUCAGCCUGUUCAGAAACUGUGAUGAUAGUUUAGUGUUUUAAUCUCUUUUUAAACGGCCCGCGUUCAUUUAAAAAAAAAAAAAGGAGAAAAAAAAGGAGGAAAACGACCCCUCCCCGGAUAUCGACAGGCGACUGGAAUAUAACCCGAGGGGUCGGUGAUUCAGCAGGACUGGCUGACAGUGUUUGUAUGAAUGUGGUUUUUGGUGGUUUUCAGUAUUCUUCAUUGUAAAAGAUCAAACAGAAACGAGGCCUUCAAAGCACACGACCCAUAAUUCCUGUGUAAAACAUGAGGGGACAGCUGGUCCUGUAACUGCCCGAUACCUCAAUGUGCCUCAUGAACACAAAAUCCACGACUGCUCUAUGCACCACACACUCGUUAGUGGGGGAGGGAGGUCUGGUGCAUCUUUUUUAUUUACACUGACUGUUCGUGGUCCUGAUGAUGUGUCCGUCCGCUGUAGUCCUGCUCUUUGUCUCCUGGACUCGCUGAUCCAGGAUCACUGGUAUCAUGAACUCACCUCAGGCAGGUUGAUGUUAGGAGGGCGAGGGGUUCAUUACAGGCAGCACAGACUGGUGUCGUACUCAAAGUCACUAAAGAUAAAAGCAUCAGUGAGAUGCUGGAAUCGAAACAGCUCCAUCCUGUGGUCAUUAGAGGGACUGCGUUUGUGGUUCCAAGCGUCGGCUUGCUGCUCGGAUGAAACGCUUAGAACUGUGCUGCAGGAUUAACAAGCUUCAUGAUAAUAGUGAAGCCAAACACCUGCGUAGGCUUCUGGUUAGAGCCACUUUGCAAAAGGAGUCGCACCACCCGUGUUAACACCUUCAGGUGUUCUUAAUAAUAGUAAACAGGAUCAAUAAGCUGAUGAGACUAAAUAUACCUCAAAGCCUGCAGUUUAGGGAUGUGCUCCCCUCAGAAACUGUAGAAAAACUGCACAUUUUCCAGAGUAGGCCCAGGGCAUGUUUAAAUCGAGGUUACCAUGGUGAUAUGCUGUAGUUAGGUGAGCCAGGUUCAUGAUACCAGUAAACCUGGAUACCGACUGACACUAUUACUCAGAUGUGAUUGGAGGCCUCUGUGUGCUGGUGUGAAGCAUUGUGUUCUGAGUUGUGUAGCAAUAGAAAAUCAAACCGCCUCAGGGUCUCCUCGUUUCCACAGCGUGACAGUUUUACUGUGAGUGGUAGCAAACCUGCAGUGUUGAACAGUAGAGUAACCCCGCCCCCGUGCCGCUGUGUCACCAGCAACCAGUCAAAUCAAUGCAAUCACUGUUGUUGGAUCAAUUAUAAAAACCUUUAUUUUAUAAACGUG